AUGCGUUUCGCCGUGGUCCUCGCAACGCUGGUGGGGCUGGCUGUCGCCACUCCGAAGUCACCUAUCUUCAAGAGACAGUGCCCUAUCCAGCCACAAGAUUGCUGUCUCAAGACUGGCACUUGUGAUACUUGCUAUUACGGAACCGAGCCCUACCCGUGCAACUGCGAGUGCCUGGAAGUCGGUGGCUGCCCCUGCACCGAAAUCGACAACGACUAUGACCCCCCGCGAUGCAUUGGCUACUCGGCUGGCGAGUCAGGACAUUGCUAA